CCCUCCCUCUCCCUCUCUAUCCCUUUCUCUCCCUCUCUCUCAUUCCCUCACCCUUCCCUCCCCCUCUCCUCCCUCCCUCCCUCCCUCUGCAUCUCUCUCUCUCUCUCCUCCCCCACUCUCUCACUCGCUCUGUCGCGCCCGAUCCGCUGCUGUUCUCUCAGGCCCGGACACACUCCAGCAUCUCCUGCGGCAGCGGCAGCGACUGCGCCGAGCCGAGGACCGACGGCCGGGGACUGUGGCAGGGGAGCAGCGGCCGGAGCGCUGCAGGAACCGGGGAUCGGCAGCGGGCCCGGUUAGCCUCCACGCAGCCGAACCGCGGGUCGCGGACACGGAGCGGCGGGGCCGAUCCGGCUUGUCGGAGACUGACGAACCACAGGAACAGUGACCGCCAGGUAGUGACUACCCUGCAAUGGCCACUUGUCACUGAGACCUCGCACUGACCAUCCGAAACUGACUGAGCGUUCCUAACUACCCGUCUCGCAAAGACAGUCCCGCACCGACUGUGGUGACUGAGAACCCACAGUGAUCACAGUCACGGAGAUCACACACUGACCAUCCCGCACUGACUGUCCCUCACUGACCACGGUCACGGAGACGGUCACACACUGUCCAUCCCGCACUGACCAUACCGCACUGACUGUCCCCUAGUGACCAUGGUCACUGCGAUCACACGCUGACUGUCCCACACUGACCACAGUCACGGAGAUCACACACUGACAGUCCUGUACUGACCAUGGUCACGGAGAUCACAUGCUGACUGUCCCACACUGACCACGGUCACUGAGAUCACACACUGACAAUCCUGUACUGACCACAGUCACGGAGAUCACACACUGAUAGUCCUGUACUGACCACAGUCACGGAGAUCACACACUGACAGUCCUGUACUGACCACAGUCACGGAGAUCACACACUGAUAGUCCUGUACUGACCACAGUCACGGAGAUCACACACUGACAAUCCUGUACUGACCACAGUCACGGAGAUCACACACUGAUAGUCCUGUACUGACCAUGGUCACGGAGAUCACACGCUGACUGUCCCACACUGACCACGGUCACUGAGAUCACACACUGACCCUCCCACACUGACCACGGUUACUGAGAUCACACACUGUCCACCCCGCACUGACCACAGUCACGGAGAAACUGUACUGACCGUACCACACUGAGACGUCGCACUGAACGUCCUGCAGUAACUGGGUCUGGUCCAAGUGGCAGCCAUGCCAAGGAGCCGCACGUUGUCAGAGCCAGAGCUGUCGGCGGAAUGCUCGGUCAGCCUUCCGUCGGACCCCGGGCAGGGGGAGGUGGCAGUGCGGACCAGCGGCUUCUGCCUGUGUCUGCCCCCGGGGAUGAGACUGACCUUCGUGCCCGAGUCCCUGGAAACACUGUACCAGACGUACUUCCGACGCCAACGGGGCGACACGCAACUGGUGCUGGUGGUCUUUGCUGCCCUUUUUGACUGCUACACGUUAGUGAGCUGUGCUGUCCUGUACUCGGCCGAGAAGCUGGUGGCCCUGCUGGUGUCCACAGCCGGACUCCUGGCUCAGCUCCUCCUCUUUGUCCUCUGUCGCUGCAGAGUUCUGCCUGACCGCCUCUGGCAAAACAUGGUACCCUACCUGCUCUGGGCACUCAUCGAUGUCCAGAUCUUCUGCCAGCUGGGAGCUGGCGGCACGCCGUCGUACCGGGCCAGUGACACGGUGGGCUGGUUGGCCUUCUUCAGCUUCGCACUCUUCAUCACCCUGCCCCUGCAGCUGCUCCCUGUCAUCGUGCUCAGCACCGCCACCUGCGUCGUACACACCCUCGUCCUGGGCAUCACGCUGGCACAGCGGCCUGCGCCGGACACCACCUGGCUGCCCCAGCAGCUGCUGGCCAACAUUGGGAUCUACCUCUGUACAGUUACCGUCGGGAUUAUGUCCCACUACAUGGCAGAUCGCAAACAUCGCAAAGCGUUUCUCGAAGCACGGCAGUCCCUGGAGGUCAAACUGAACUUGGAGGAGCAGAGUCAACAGCAGGAGAGACUCCUCCUCUCAAUCCUGCCAAAACACAUCGCCGACGAAAUGCUGAACGACAUGAAGGAGGACAAAGAGUCAAGAGAACCACAACAAUUCAACACCAUGUACAUGUACCGACAUGAGAGGGUCAGUAUCCUCUUUGCGGACAUUGUGGGCUUCACACAGCUCUCAUCUAGCUGCUCGGCACAGGAACUUGUCAAACUGCUCAAUGAGCUCUUCGCUGGUUUCGACAAGCUUGCCACGAGGUUCCACCAGCUGCGCAUCAAGAUCCUCGGUGAUUGUUACUACUGCAUAUGUGGCCUGCCCGACACACGCACCGACCACGCCGUUUGCUCCAUACACAUGGGUCUCGCCAUGGUUAAUGCCAUCUCGUCUGUGCGUGAGACAACGAGGACAGACGUGAACAUGCGUGUAGGGAUCCACAGCGGCACCGUGCUGGGCGGCGUCCUGGGCCAGAAGAACUGGCAAUAUGAUGUCUGGUCCACAGACGUGACCCUGGCCAACAAGAUGGAGGCAAGCGGCAUUCCUGGGAGAGUGCACAUCUCACAGAGCACUCGCAGCUGUCUGAAUGGGGAGUUUGAGCUGGAAGCAGGAGAGGGCGGGAAGAGGAACGAAUAUUUGAGGGAGAAGGGCAUUGAGACCUACCUGGUGGUUGUGCCCAAAACAUCACAUGCCAGAAAUGGGAUAAAUGGAGUUAAACUCUCGCUGGCCUCAUCCAGUGGGAACUCACCGUUGUUGAUUAACACGACAGAAUGCAACGGCAAUGGUCACUCAUGCACCAGUCCAGAGGAGCUGCACGCACAGGUCGUUAACCCUUCAUUCCCCAACCCACGGAGGAGGCUGCGGUUACGAGAUCUGUCAGAACGGGUGGUUGACUCGGAACAGAACCAGCAGGAGUUGAAUGAGUUGCUGAAUGCUGCCCUGUUGGAGCGAGAGAAUGUGCAGGCGACGAAAGGACGAUGCACGAACCUCCUGUCGCUCCGAUUCAAGGCGCCAGAGAUGGAGAACCGGUUCUCAGUGGAGCGGGAGAAGCAGAGUGGGGCUGCCAUCAGUUGCUCCUGUGUCGUCCUCGCCUUCUCCUUCCUUGUCCAGCUAUCCAUCGACCCAGGAUUGUGGAUCAACUAUGUCACCUUCAUCUUCGGCGAGAUUCUCCUUCUGAUCCUCACCAUCAUCUCACUUGCUGCCGUCUUCCCCAGGAUCUUUCCGUCAAAGCUGGUGGUGUUCUCCACGUGGAUUGAUCGGACUCGCUGGGCACGUAACACGUGUGCCAUCACAGCCGCCCUCAUCCUCACCCUGGCACACACUGUUGACAUGCUCAUCUGCCUGCAGAGUUCUGGGACUCCACCCUACAGGAACAUCAGCCAGCUUCACCGUAGCUGUGUAAAGGAUCCCAAGUAUUACAGUAGCCUCUGCGUGCUCCUCCUGAUCGGGAUUACCAUGCUAGUGCAAGCCAGUCACAUGGUGAAGUCCUCCCUGAUGCUUGUGGCGGGUGGGACCUACACCCUACUCAGCCUCUUGGUCUGGAGGGACAUCUUUGAAGACUACGACCGAGAACGCUUCCAGCAUUCCCAGUCAACGGUGGUUCCCUCUUGUUACCUGACUGUGGGCAUGAUUUUCGUCAUGAUACUCAGCUUCUAUUACUUCACCCGUCACGUGGAAAAGCUGUCACGGACUCUGUUUCUCUGGAAGCUUGAUGUGAACGAGCAGAAAGAGCGAGUCUACGAGAUGCGGCGAAGAAACGAAGCACUCGUCACCAACAUGUUACCAGAGCACGUGGCACGCCAUUUCCUUGGUUCCAAAAAGCGAGACGAGGAGCUCUACAGCCAGACAUACGAUGAGAUUGGAGUGAUGUUUGCCUCCAUCCCCAACUUCUCUGAUUUUUACACAGAAGAGAGUAUAAACAAUGGUGGCAUCGAGUGUCUGCGCUUCCUCAACGAGAUCAUUUCUGACUUUGACGGUCUACUGGAUGAACCACAGUUCCGGAACAUCACAAAGAUCAAAACCAUUGGCAGCACCUAUAUGGCAGCUUCGGGGCUGAUCCCAGAGCCCAGUGUUAACUACAGCACCACAGUCAAGAGAGAGGUGGGACCCUGUGCUCAGGACCGAUGGCACCAUCUAGCUGAGCUUGCAGACUUUGCCUUGGCCAUGAAGGUCACCUUAAUGAACAUCAACUAUCAGUCCUUCAACAACUUCAUGCUGCGAAUCGGAUUGAACAAAGGUGGUGUCCUUGCUGGGGUGAUAGGGGCUCGCAAACCGCACUAUGACAUCUGGGGCAACACUGUGAAUGUGGCCAGCAGGAUGGAGUCCACCGGCCAGAUGGGGAACAUCCAGGUGGUGGAGGAGACAUACCUAGUGCUGAAGGAGUACGGUUUCCGCUUUGUACGGAGGGGACCAGUCUACGUCAAGGGCAAGGGUGAGCUCAUCACCUUCCUCCUGAAGGGUCGUGAGAAGCUGGGCUCCUCCAUGAACAGCUCAUCCGUCACUCUGCCCCACCAGGUGGUGGACACAGCCUGACAGCUCUUCAGGCCAGUGAGGCAACCUAGGAGUGCGGGGAGAAGGGGAAGCAGGACCCUCCAUGGAGCAGUGACUGGGAGCUGACAGCAGCUUAAGGAUAGCAACUCAUCCAGGACAGGAUGGACUGUGGAGUGACGCAGGAGGGUGGAGGGGUGUGGAGUUCCCUCACUAUGCUCCCUCCCCAUGCCUGCCAGCUGAUGUCACACAUCCUGUGGAGAGUCCAAGAGGUUUUAAUGUCCUGCCCAAGAUUCAUUCUCAUAGAACAUGAACAGUACAGGCCCUUCAGCCCACAUAUUGAGCCAACAUUUCAACCUGCUCUAAGAUCAAGCUAGCCCUUCCCUCCUAUGUAGCCCUCAGCCCCUGCCUAAUGCCUAAUCACCCUCAUGUUCUGAAUGGACAUGGAGCUCCAGAAGGUCAGGCAGGAGGGGAAAAGGACUGGUUCUUCGGGCUGGUGGGGGUCAGGAGCGGUCCCACACAGGGAGGGAGGUGGGGUCUGACUUAUCUCCCAUUCUGACCAGUGGGUGUAGGAUGAGGUGGAUGGGAAGGGUGGCACCAGUGUCCUCAGCCUCAAACAGCAGGAGGAGCACUACCCCAUAACCCCAACCCCUCUCCCACAGUAAUGAGAAUCCCUCUUCACACACUUACACAGGACCCCUCCACAGGGUUGAGGGAAUAAUUCUGGGCAGAUCUAUUCCCACCUUAAGGCUCUGGGCACAUGGUUGUUUCUGGAAGAGUAGCUUUGGGAAUUUGGUAAAGUUACGGUCCAGGGGCUGGAGGGAUGUAAAUUUCCUGUGACGUAGACACACAAGGAAACAGCCAGAAAAGGCCAUUCAAGCUAUUGAACCCACCCCACUGUUCAGUGUCACAGUGACUGACCCACUAGAGGCCUCACCUCCUCCUGUGUCCCUCACCCUCAGAGCCUUAAUCUCUCAAAACUUGUUCCAAGCUGGCCACUCUUACAAUAAGCCAGCUUCUACCACUUUGCAGCACAGAGAAUCCCACAUUCAGUCUUCUCUCACCAUUUCAGUUCUACAUGAGUCCUCAACUGUGGAAAUAUUUCACUCAAACUGUCAAAACCUCUUAGACCACAAGACCAUUAGGAGCAGAAUUAGGCCAUUCGGCCCAUUGAGUUUGCUCUGCCAUUCCGUCGUAGCUGAUUUAUUAUCCCUGUCAAACCCAUUGUCCUGCCUUCACGCUGUAAGCUUUGAUGCCCUGACUAAUCAAGAACCCAUCAACCACCGCUUUAAGUAUAUGCAAUGACUUGACUUCCACAUCCACCCGUGGGAAUGAAUUCCACAGAUUCAGCACCCUAUGGCUGAAGAAAUUCCUCUCAUCUGUUCUAAAUGGACAUCUCUCUAAACUGAGCUCUGCCCUGGUUUCAAUGGGAUCCCACUCAUUUUUCUAAACUCCAGUGAGUACACGCCCAGAGCCAUCAAACGCUCGUCAUUCGUUAACCCUUUCAUUCCAGAAUCUUGAACCUCCCCUGGACCCUCUCCAAUGCCAGCACAUCUUUUCUGAGAUAAGGGACAAGGACCUUGUGUUUCAGUGAGGCCACUGCUCCUUCAUUCAGACUCAGGCAAUGCAAACAAAGUCUACUGACAUUCUCCUGAGAAACACUGAGGAACUAUAUUAGUCAGGGCAUCAAAGGUUCCGGGAGAAGGCAGGAGAAUGGGGUUGGGAGGGAUAGUGAAUGAGUGGUGGUGGAAUGGUGGACCAGACUCGAUGCACCACAUGGCCUAAUCCUGCUCCUAUCUCUUGUGUCAAUCCUUCAUGGACUCCACCAGCUGACACCUUGCAUCAGGAUACCAACACAGACAUUGUGGGCCAAAGGACCUGUUCUCUGUGUGAGGAGGAGAAGUCUGUACACAGGGGCCGUAGGUUUAAGGUGAAGAAGUAGUUUUGAGGGGUCUGAGGAGGAACAUUUUCACCGAGUGCAAGGCUGCAGAAGCACAUUGCACAACAAAGUGGAGAUAGAGUCUCUCACACCAUUUCAGCAAAAUUCCCAGGGCAGCGUAGCUCACUGGAGGAAGGGGUUAGCACAGAUGUGGUGGACGAGUCAGUUGCUGCUCAGUCUGAUUCCAGGACUGCCUCGCCACAUCAUUCUGCACCCUCUCUGAGACGUCCUUUACAGUUAUUUUCAACUUUAUAAAGUCUUCAUCAUAAGCCUGAAAAUUUCCAUCAAUGAGUGGAUUCUGUACAACUUCAAUCUCACCCAAAAAUAUCACAAUCAAGAGAAUGUGUCGCGAUGUACACUGGCAAUAUCAGAACCCAAGUGUGAAGGAAGGGCAGAUUCUGAUGUAGAGAUGGCAACCAGAGUUUAUUCAUAAUAAUUCCAACAGAAUUUGCUGAGUAAUACAUACUUAAAACUGUGAUUAUCACUGGUCAGGCAUCUGCUUAAAUAAUGCAACCUUCACAGAAUCUCAGAUGCUAUCAAAAUAAAUUUAAACAGAAAACACCAGGAGACCACAUUACAAACAGCUAGUUGCUCGAGAAAAAUGCAACAAAAUCAAAACAAUUAAUAAAUCUCAUCACACAGAAUUAAUCAAUUCAAUUACUCUCAAAAUCUCAAAGCCCAACACUCUUUGGAUCCCCACAGAUUUCCAAAGAGAUCAUUACAAGGUGAGCCUGAAAUGUGCUUGCAAUACAACCAGAAAUCUGGUGGCAUAUCGUUGACACCACCCACAGUACCACUCAUAGUAUGAACCCCCCGCCAACAGUACCACUCAACACAGCGUCACCCUCCCCAGUACACCUCUCCCAGUGUGACCCUCCCAAGUACCCCCUCCCCUGUGUCACCCUCCCUAGUACCCCCUUCCCUGUGUCACCCUGUUUCAGUACCACCCCACCCAGAGUGACCCUCCUUCAGUAACAUCCCUUACUUUUCUAUAAAGUACAAAUAUUUAAAAGACUUUACAAAUUCAAAUUAAAAUAUAAUAUUACUGUCUAUUAAAUAGUAAAUUCACUGGGAGGGGGGCAGUGCUCCUGAAAAUCUCUCUUCAAUAUUUUUAAUUAUUUCUACAUUGAAGAAUGCAGAGUUCAAGAAAAUGCAAAUUAUAAAACAAAAGAAAGAUAUAAUAAUACCAACUACAUUAUAUUGACAAACUCCUUACCCUAUAUUUAUGUGGAUUAGAUUAAUUCAUAUGUUGAUAUAAAAAUAAUUUUUAUAUAUAAAAAUCUAUACCCACUACUAAAGCCAAAGCUGUUUGGUAAAGAAAAAAGGGGAGAAAAACAUUAUCAGAUAGUGAAAUAUGCUAUUAACCAGCAUCUCUACUUUAAUGGGAAAUCAAAGGUUUUGAAAAUAAUUCAAAAACGGUCUCCACAAAUUUUGAAAGUCUUGGUUAGAUUCAGAAAUUGAACAACGAAUCUUUUCUAAAUUUAAGCAUAACGUUCUGUAACCACUGAGUGUGAUUAGGCAGAGCAACAUCCUUCCAUUUAAGCAAGAGCGCCCUCCUAGCCAUGAAAGAGAUAAAAGACAGAAUGUGCAAGUCAGAUGUCUUCAAAAUGAUAUAUUCCCCUCCAACACUAUCAAAUAAGACAGUCAAAGGAUUAGGCUUAAAAUUUACUUUAAAAAGUACAGAAAAAGUUUGGAAUACUUCGUUACAAUAUUUUUAAAAACUUGGACAUGUCCAAAACAUAUGAAUGAAUGAAGCUUUUCCAUUGUGACACCUAUCACAGUAGGGAGAUAUAUCCAUAUAAAAACAAGAUAGCUUAUCCUUGGUCAUAUAAGCCCUUUGGACCACUUUAAAUUGUAGGAGGGAAUGACGGGCACAUAACGAUGAAGUAUUAACCAGUUUAAAAAUUUCAUUCCAAGUUUCUUGAGAAAUUGAAGUCUGUAAGUCUUGUUCCCAAAGAUUUUUGAUUUUGUCUAAAGAAUCAUUUCUCAUUCCCAUCAACAUAUCAUAAAUAUUGGAUAUUGAACCAUUAUAAAAAGGUUUCAGAUUGAGAAUUUCAUCUAAUAAGUUCUUAACAAGACUUUUAGGAAAUGUAUAUAAUUGAGAUCGUAAAAAGUCUCUAAUUUGUAAAUAUCAAAAAAGGUGGGUUUUUGGUAAAUUAUAUUUAGUUUACAAUUGUUCAAAUGAAGAAAGACUUCCUCCAACAAACAGAUCCUGGAAACAUUUAAUUCCCAAUCUAUCCCAUUGUUUAAAAGCUGCAUCUGUCAUAGAGGGCUUUAAAAAAAUUAAGAAAAAUGGGACUAGAAAGGGAAAAUCUCAAUAAACCAAAGUGUUUUCUAAAUUGUAUCCAGAUCCUCAAGGUAUGUUUAACUACCACAUUUUCAGUUAUUUUACUAGCGGAUGAAGGAAGUGAAGAUCCCAAAAGGGAGAUGAUAGAGAAUUUAUUAACAGAGUGAGCUUCUAAAGAAACCCACCCUGGACAGUCCUCAUGAUUAAUAUAACCAAAACGCAAGAUUCCGUAUAUUAACUGCCCAAUAAUAAAACCUAAACUCUGGUAAGGUUAAACCUCCAUUCUUUUUAACUUUCUGGAGAUUAACUUUAUUCAGUCGAGGAUGUUUAUUUUUCCAUAUAUAAGAGGAUAAAGUAGAGUCAAGAGAAUCAAAAAGGAUUUAGGAAUAAAGACAGGUAAGGCCUUGCAGAGAUAUAUGUUUGGGUAAGAUAUUCAUUUUAAUAGAAUUAAUUCAGCCAAUCAAUGAUAACGAAAGAGGCAACCAAUUUGAGAAUGUUCUUUUUAUAUAAUUUAAUAAAGUAAGAAAUUUUUCUUUAAAUAGGUAUUUAUAAUUCUUAGUAAUUGUUACACCCAAAUAAGUAAAUUGGUUUCUUACAAUUUUAAAAGGAAGAUUAGUAUUAGUUGAUAACAAGUUAUUCAAAGGAAAAAGUUCACUCUUAUGUAGUUUCAAUUUAUAUCCAGAAAACUGGCUAAAACGAGAGAGUAGAGAAAGUGCAGAAGUUAACAAAGUCUCAACAUUAGAAAUAAAAAGCAAUAAGUCAUCUGUAUAAAGUGAAACUUUGUGGAUAGUAUCCUUCCACAAAAUACCAGUGAUAUCACUAGAUUCUCGAAAGGCAAUAGCUAAGGAUUAUAAGGCCAGGUCAAAGAGCAAAGUGCUCAAAGGACAACCCUGUCUGGUUCCACGUUGAAGUUAAAUUGGUUUAGAAUUCUGAGAAUGAGUAAGAACCCGAGCAGAAGGAGAUAAAGUAAUUUAAUCCAUUGAGUAAAAUCAGGCCCAAAAUUAAAUUUUUCUAAAAUUUUAAGUAAAUAGUGCCAUUCAACCCAAUCAAAAGCCUUCUUUGUGUCUAAGGAUAUGACACAUAAGGAUAAGGAUAUGAUAUCUUCUUUGAAGGAGAAUAGAUAACAUUUAAUAACUAGCAAAUAUUAAAAUGGGAAAAUCAAUUUUUAAUAAAUCCAGUCUGAUCGUCAGAAGUGAUAGAUGGUAAGAUAUUUUCAAUCCUACGAGCCAGAACUUUGGAUAGGAUUUUAGUAUCUACAUUAAGUAAGUAAAUUGGUUUAUAUGAAGAGCAUUAAGUUGGGUUCUUAUUCUUUUUAAGGAUAUGCAAACUAGAAGCUUCAUAAAAACCUACCCAAUUUAAAAGAAUCCAAAAAGACUGAACAUAAAUUAAGUAUAAGCAGUGAGGAAAAAGCCUUAUAAAAUUCUCCAGAAAAUCCAUCAGAACCUGAAGCCUUCCCUGGGUGCAGUGAAUGCACAGCUUCGGCAAUUUCUUGAUGAGAAAUAGGUUGAUCCAACAGUUUUGGUUAUCCACAGAAAGUGUAGGAAUAUUUAAUUGGUCUAAAAUGUUAUUCAUUACAGUAUUAUCUUUAGGAGGGUCAAAACUAUAAAGUUUAGAAUAAAAUUCUCUAAAGGUAUCAUUUAUUUCUAAAUGAUCAGUUGUCCUGACACCAUUAGUUUUACUAAUUUCUUUAGCCUGUCGUUUAGCAACAGAAGUUUUAAUUUGGUUAGCCAAUAAUUUACCUGUUUUAUCUCCAUGAAUAUAAAAUUGACUUUUUCCUUUAGGAGUUGAGUUUCAAUAGGAUAUGUUAAUAAAAGAUCAUAUUUAAUUUUAAUUUCAACCCAUCUUUUAUAUAGAACAGGAUCUGAAGCCAAUGUAUAUUCUUGGUCUAAUUAUUUCAGCUGAUUGGCUAAAUUAAUUCUCUCCUUAUUAGCUUUUUUCUUAACACUUGCAGCAUAAGAGAUGAUUUGUCCUCUAAUAUAUGCUUUAAAGGCAUCCCAUAUAACAAGCUAGUAGUCUCCUCCAUCGUAUUCUCUUCAAAAAAGAAAAUAAUUCGUCUCUCUAAGAACGUUAAAAAAUCCUUGUCAGAUAACAAAGUUAGAUUAAAACACCAGAAUCUGUUUGAGGAAAACCAGGAAGAUUUAAGGAUAAAAACACGGGAGCAUGAUCAGAGCAAUCUACAUUUAUAUUCACAAGAUCGAACUGGUGGAAUCAUUUGGCUAUCAAUAAAAAGAUCAAUUCUGGAAUACGUAUGAUGAACAUGAGAGAAAGACAAAUAUUCUCUAUCUGCUAGAUGUAGAAAGUGCCAUACAUCAACAAUACCACAUUUCAUUAAAAAUGAAUGAAUAAACCAAGCUAGUUUAGAAGAUGACCAAUCUAAAACUGGAUCUAACCAGAAAUUAAAGUCUUCUGCCAUCACCAAUGAGUACAAACUCAAAUCAGGCAGAAACAAAAAAAAAAUGCUUAAAGAAUCCUGGGUCAUCUAUAUUUGGGGAAAAUACCAUUAAUUUAUUCUUUAAUUUCCCUGAUCUUAUAACAAUACGCCCAUUAGUAUCAGAGAAUACCUUGUGUUGAAUAAAGGGAACUAUAUUUAUAAAAAUUGAAACUCCCCUAGACUUGGCCUGAAAACAAAAGUGAAAGUGUAAUCCUCUCCAUCAGCUAAAAAGGCAUGAAUUAUCAGAGUUACAUACGUGAGUUACUUGUAAAAAAAAUAGGGACCUUAAGUUUUUUAAUAUAGGCAAAAACCUUAUUUCAUUUCACAGGGUGAUUUAACCCUUUCAUGCUAAGACUAAGUUAGUAAUAUAAUCCAUUUUAAUACUAUUUAAAGGAAAGUUAGAAGGAUAAUCCCUGAAAUGAUUAAUAAAUCUAAACGUUGACCUUUGAGAUAAGGUAACCAAGCAACAGAUUUGGCUAAGAAUCCAAAACAGCUUCCAGGGGAAAAAAAACAACCCUCCUCCCUCCUCCCAAAGAGGGGAAGUUGACGCCUACAGCUAAUGAUAACAUCCCCCCAGAGAAUCUGCUGGCUUAGCUCCAAAUUAAGUUUAAGGUUAGAAGUAUUCCAAACUAGUCAAAACAACAGAUAGAAAAAGAAACGCUUAAUUCUGAUAUCAAGAACUCUAGAAAAAUUAAUAUAUAAAAUAAUAUGAACACACAAAGUAUUAGCUCAUUAAAGUCUUAUUCUCAAAAUAAACCCUUAAAAGGUUCAAAAAGAAAGUUGGCUACAAGGUUUACCAAAGGUAGAAAAUGCAGUUAUUCAUGUAAAAAAUAAUAAACAGUCAAUUUUCUGACUUUAAAAACUUCUGAACUCUAAACUCGAAUGGAACCAUUCCUUCAAACCAUCCCUCAGUGUAAUUCUGAGCUGAGCCAGAUAGCAUAAAGAAGGUUUAAAAUUUUUGUUGAACAGCUUUGACAUGACACUUUUAAACUUGGCAUGCUCCCUUCAUGAUUUCUGCUGAGAAAUCCUCAACAAUCCUAAUCUUCUUGCUAUUGUAAUCGAUAAUACUUUUCUGACAGAUUCACGAAUUGUAUAGAAAGGGUGUAUUGUUUGAAAUUCAUGAAAACAGAUUACUACUGAACGAGGUCUGCUUCCAAGCAUUCUAUUCUGGCACGCUCUGUGAGCUCAGUCAAUCAUUGGUGUCGACUCUAAAAUAUUAAGGAAUAGCUGAGCCAGAAAGUUUGCAAAGAAUUCCGUAGGGCAAUCACUUGCAGUUAACGCUUCAAGACCAAGAAUUUGUAAGUUAUUUCUUCUGCUUCUGUUCUCUAGAUCAGUAAUCUUCUGUCUUAAUUCUUUAUUAGCCUUGGAUUGUUUUUCAGAAUGCUUUUGCAGGUCAUCCAUUUUCUCAUCCAGAAUCGACAGGAUUCCUUCAUUCUCUUUUAUUCAUUUGCCGUGCUCAGUUAAGGUUUUUUGAAUAAAAUCCAGUU